AUGGCUCUGUGGGGGUUAGUCUCGGCCAGCACGGCGGCCGUGACUGACUUUACCGGGCUCGUCGUUUGUCGCUUCUUCCUGGGCUUUCUCGAGGCGCCCUUUUUCCCCGGCGCUUUGCUCCUGCUGUCGAGCUGGUACACCCCCAAGGAAAUGGCCACGCGCACAGCCAUCAUGUACACGGGCAGCUUGCUCUCCAGCGCGUUUGGCGGUCUUGUCGGGGCCGGCAUCCAAUACGGCAUGGAUGGCGCGCGGGGGCUUCAUGCCUGGCAGUGGCUCUUUGUCAUUGAGGGUACAAUCACGGUCGUGGUCAGCCUGGCCUCCGUCUUUGUCCUGCCCGACUUUCCCUCCAAUACGGCCUGGCUCACGGCCGAGGAGCGCGCGCUCGCCAUUCAUCGCCUUCACGCCCACAGCGGCAGCGUGGACGAGGAACGGGGCCCUCUGCUGCAGGGCCUCAAGAUGGCGGUGCUCGACUACAAAGUCUGGCUUCUGACGCUGAUUGUCAUUCUCAAGACUUCUGCAGGAGCAGUGACUCAGUUCAUUCCUACACUAGUCGACACUUUUCACUUUGGUAGAGUCCAAACAUUGCUCAUGACUGCGCCUCCCUUUGUCUUUGCCGCCAUUGUUGCUCUGGGUGUCUCGGUCUCGAGCGAUAGACUCGGUGAAAGAUGCCUGCAUCUUGUUGUCCCGCUGACAUUUGCCUUGACUGGCUUCAUCAUCGCUGCCACCACUGAGAGCCUGGCACCUCGCUACUUUUCGCUAUUUCUGGCCUUGGGUGGUGUAUAUGGCUGCUAUGACAUUACAUAUGCAUGGAUGAGUUCCACGGUCCCGCGUCCCAUCGAAAAACGAUCUUCGGCCUUUGCUAUUGCCAACAUGGUGGGCAAUAUUGCACAAGUAUACUCUCCAUACAUGUAUCCCAAAUCCUCUGGUCCGCGUUACCUGCCAGCCAUGGUGGCCAAUAGCGGCUUCGUUCUGGCUUCCAUUGCGUGCUGCGCAACUUUGUACUGGUGUUUGCGUCGGGAAAACGAAUUGCUCGAGGCGGGGGAGGAGCAGAUGCAAGGGCAUGAUGAUGACGAUGCCGGGAGCGAUGGAAGCAAAGACGGGUCACGGGAGGGAGCGGUACCCGUCGCGGUCCUCGAUCCGGGCUUCCGACCUUUUGUCCUUGUGUAA